UUGACCUUAGCCCUACUCUCAAAGACGAAGUCAGGUCAACAUUAGAAACACGCAUCUCUAGCAAAAUAUAAACUCGAAUUUAACAAUGCCUUGGUGAUAUGCACUAGAAUUAAUUUACAAAACUUAAAAGCCGUUUUUUUAAAGUGCUUUUAAUUUUUGUCAUACAUUAGGCGUAGAUCUAGUCUAUUUAUCAAGCUAGAUCUCUAGAUCUAUUUGUUGACCUUUAGGUUAUUCGCAUUUCCUACUAAAAGUACACACGUGUUUUGUCGUCGAUCGUUACAUAAACCGAAAAGCGAACUGUUGACUGUUGGGCAACGUGAACGCGACUGUGAAGUGAAAUAAUUCUGUUGGCUUUAGACUAUGGCUGGAAUAACUGCAUCCGACGAUCAUCAAGAAGCCGGGCAGAAAUGUGGCACUUCUAAUAAAACACAGGAGAUCUUAACCAACGGUCAUGUUGAUGUUGAAACCAUGAAAGAUAAAAUUAUUGAGCAAGAAGUGAAAGAGGAAAAAGAUGAAGCAGAAAGUGAGAAAGAUAAAGAUGGAGAGAAAGAGUGUGAUGAUGAGGACAAAGACAAAGAAGUUUUACUCAUCCAAGACAGUGGCUUCAGUGUCUUCAUUGCUGCCCCAAACAUUGAACCAUUUGAAUUGCCAGUGAGCUCUAUGGAACUUGUGCAGGAAAUUCAUCAAAUUUUAAUGGACAGAGAGGACACUUGCCAUCGCACUUGUUUUUCCCUGCAGCUUGAAGGGGUAACGAUGGACAACUUUUCAGAACUGAAAUCCUAUGAAAACCUGAAAGAAGGCUCUGUGAUUAAAGUUGUUGAAGAGCCUUACACAGUCCGUGAAGCAAGAAUCCACGUCCGUCAUGUCAGAGACCUGAUGAAAUCUGUGGAUCCUGCUGAUGCUUAUAAUGGAGUGGAUUGUGCUUCACUGUCAUUCUUAAAUACUAUUACACUUGGAGACAUUUUGGAUAAGAAACGUAGUAAACCAGAUUCAGUGGACUGCACACCACCUGAUGCCAUCAUUCCCAACUCUAAAGAUAGACCACUUCUUCCUUUACAUCCUGGUGUCAAAGAUCAAAAGGCUAUUCGUUGUUUGAAAGUUUUAACUUACAGUGGUUGGAAUCCUCCACCAGGCAACAGACGAAUGCACGGGGACCUGUUGUACUUGCAUGUUGUUACACUGGAGGACAAACAUUAUCACAUCACUGGCUGCACUCGAGGCUUUUAUCUCAACCAAUCUACAGAAGAUGAGUUCAACCCAAAACCUGCUCAACCCAAGUACUUGUCACAUUCACUGAUUGAUAUUCUCAAUCAGAUAAGUCCUUCGUUCAAGCGACAUUUCUCUAUGCUGUUGAAGAAAAGGGGACAGAAGCAUCCCUUUGAAAGAGUCCCUUCCCCGUACCAGGUCUAUGCCUGGAUGGCCCCACAGCCUGAUCAUCAGAUUGAUUAUAUCAGAGCUGAAGAUGCAUUUUCCACAAGAUUGGGUUACGAGGAGCACAUUCCUGGCCAGACCAGAGAUUGGAAUGAAGAAAUACAGACCACCAGAGAAUUACCAAAAGGAAAUUUAGCUGAGAGGCUUUUAAGAGAAAGGGCUAUUUUUAAGGUUCAUAGUGAUUUUGUUGCAGCAGCCACACGUGGUGCUAUGGCUGUAAUAGAUGGCAAUGUAAUGGCUAUCAAUCCUGGGGAAGACUCCAAAAUGCAGAUGUUUAUCUGGAACAACAUUUUCUUCAGCCUUGGAUUUGAUGUCAAGGAUCAUUAUAAAGACUUUGGUGGAGAUGCUGCUGCUUAUGCUGCACCUGUGAAUGAUCUACAAGGUGUUAAAGCUUAUUUCAAUCUGGACCCAGAUGGUCUGUACACACUUGGCACUGUUGUAGUUGACUACAGAGGAUACCGCAUCACUGCUCAGUCCAUCAUUCCUGGUAUUUUGGAAAGAGAGCAAGAACAGUCUGUGGUGUAUGGGUCUGUAGAUUUUGGCAAGACUGUGGUCUCAAGUGAGAAGUACAGAGAUUUGCUUCAGAAAACUGCAGCAGCUUUGAAAAUUAGACCCCACAAGGUACUGAAUGACAAAGGUGAAGCAGUGGAAUUGUAUUCAUCUGUUGAAUGCAAGGGAAUAAUUGGCAAUGAUCAGAGACACUACAUUCUGGACCUUUUGCGUACAUUCCCUCCAGAUGCUAAUUAUUUAAUAGUGGAGGGUGAGGAGCUGUCUGAGUUUAUGAAAGGUCAAGGUUAUCCAAGAAGACACAGACACAAGCUUCCUUGUUUAAGACAAGAAUUGAUUGAAGCCUUUACUGAGAGUCGCUACUUGGCUUUUGUAAAGCAUGCAGCACUUCACUUCCAAGCUUUGCACAAGAUUCAAAAAAAGAAUGAGGAUUCUACAGCUGUAGAGAAUGGUCAUGGUUGUGAUGAGAAUAAAAAUGAAAUAGAGGAAGAGGAGUUGACAGAGGAAGCCAAGAAGUUGGUGGAGACAAUGACUGGACAGGAGAGGCUACGUAAGACGGCAGAAGAUGAUACCAAAGAAAUCGUUAGCAAGGCUGCUCAGGCUGCUGGGUCCAUGUCUGAUACAGAGUUUAGCAUUACCUUCAACACUGAUGUCUUUCAACCUCAUGUUCGACAUGCUGAGCCAGAGAGUGAAAUGUUUAAGAAAGAAAAAGAGUUGGUUAAGAUGGCUUCCCAGCAUAUUGUUGCCAGCCAACUCCCUCUCAUGAUCAAUGACUUCUUGGAACACACUUCCUCACCAGUGGAUGGCAUCACGCUUACUGAAUCUAUGCAUGCUAGAGGCAUCAAUGUUCGUUAUCUUGGUAAGAUUGCAGAGACCCUGGCCAAAUAUCCAACUUUGUCCUAUGUGUAUACUAUCGCCAUUGGUGAAUUGAUCUGUAGGUCAGUGAAACAUUUGUACAACCAUUACAUGCAAGGAGUUGACAUGAUGAAUACAGCUGCAGCUAUCAGCCACUUCUUCAACUGUUUCCUGGGUUCCUAUCCCAACCCUCACCUCCAAGUCAUUGCAGAGGAGACCAAAAAUGCUAAAAGAAAAAGUAAGAGAAGAAACAAGCACAGUGUCUUGUACAGCAUUGAAAAUACUGAAUGGACAUCGGAAACACCCAAAAGCUUGUGGAAGAAAAUAGUGGAUGAAGCAUAUGAUUACUAUGGUUACACACUUGAGUGUGAUGGUAUUGAUGGUGCCUUGGAACAAUAUGGCUGCCAGAGAGUUGCCUUGCUGCGUUCAAUUUGUUUGAAAGUAGGUGUUCAGAUUCAGCUAAGAGAGUAUGCCCUGGAGAACAGAGGUCGAUCCAUUUUCUCAGAGGAUGAUAUUGUUAAUGUCUUCCCAAUCGUCAAACACAUCAGUCCAAGGGCUACAGAUGCCUUCCACUUCUUCUCAAGUGGACAGAACAAGAUCCAGCAAGGACUCCUCAGGGAAGGUUAUGAGCUGAUCAGUGAGGCCCUCAACCUUUUGAACAAUGUGUAUGGCGCCAUGCAUCCUGAAAUAGCAGCCUGCCUGCGUCUUUUGGCUAGGCUGAAUUACAUUUUGGGAGAAUUUGGGGAGGCUAUGUCUUACCAGCAGAGAGCUGUUUUUAUGAGUGAAAGGGUUUUAGGGGUGGAUCAUCCAAACACUAUUACUGAAUAUGCACACCUAGCUUUGUAUUGUUUUGCUAACAGUCAAGUGACCAGUGCCUUGAGAUUAAUGUACCGUGCCCGUUAUUUAGCCAUAAUAUGUCAUGGAGAGAAUCAUCCUGAAGUUGCCUUGAUAGAUAGUAAUAUUGGUUUGAUUCUUCAAGCUGUGGAAGAGUAUGACUUCUCUCUUCGUUACUUAGAGCAUGCUCUACAGCUGAACAUCAAAUAUUUUGGUCCAGAAAGUUUAAAAACAGCAAUGACUCAUCACUUGGUGGCCAGAACACAUUCUUGUCGAGGGGAUUUCCGAUCAGCUUUACAGAGUGAAAAAGAAGCUUACUCUAUUUACAAGAGCAAGUUGGGUGAGAAUCAUGAACGCACCAAAGACAGCUCCGAGUGUUUGGCACAUUUAACAAAGCAGGCUGUCGUAGUCCAGAAGAAGAUGAAUGAGAUUUAUAAAGGAGAGAUUAAUUCCAUUUUACCACCCAUUCAGAUUCAACCACCGACUUUAGCUGGUGUCCUUGAGACAUUGAAUGUGAUCAAUGGCAUAGUGUUUGUUCAGAUAAGCCCUGAUGAAUUAGAGAAGUUUCGACAGGAAAUGAGCAGACGCCAGUCAGAACAAAAUGAAGGCGAGGAUACCAAGGCUGACAACUCUGGUGAAAAAAGCCUGAAAGGCGACGGGGACAAAACUGUAGCUAAGGAAGCUGAUAAAGUUAGCUGUAAUGGACAUGAUUCUUGUAACGGAUCUGUGAGUAAAGAGGAAAAGAAUGUGAACAACAGCAACACUGUCACAGUGGAUGGAAUAGCUCUGGCUUAAAGCAGUGUAGUGUUGGCCAAUUCUCUUGGACUAUUAUCAGAAUUGACAAAAAUGAAUUUGGGCUUCGUGUUCUAAGAUGUUGGUCUCAAGUGUGGGCUAUUUCGGUGUGGACCAUGUGGGUAUUGUUGACUGGAUUGCUGUCUUGUUGAAAUAUGUCCUUCAUAUAAAGUGUUAAUAUUAGUCAUUAUUUAUGUUGGCUAUUUGUUUUAAGAGAUCAACUUUUGUUCUCACGCAACUAUUGUACCUGAGCAUUAUAAUUAUACCAUGUUGUUACAAUAUGCAAUGCAAAACCCACACAACCCCGAAGAAUGUCAUCCGGAGCAUUCAAUUGUUGGUGUAUGAAAGUGGAUCAAAAGUUGCACCCAUGGUUGAUUUGUCUGACAUUGACACUUCAUGCUACUCAUACACAUCUCACUGUACACUAAAAUAUAAAGAUUCUCAUUUCAAACUGAAAGCAAAUCUCAACAUAUUCAAACACACACAUCUCUCUUGUAAACUACAACAUAAAGAUUCUCAUUCAGCCAAAUCUGGACAUACUAAAACCAACUCCAUUCAUAUGUUUUGAAUUGCGUAUUAAUUCUAAUGUUUGCAUUUCUAAACACAUUUUAGUUCUCCUUUUGUUUUGUUUUGACUUUAAUCACAAAUAAUUAAUUUUGUAUAUAUAUAUUUUUUUUUUUUUGCAUUGUGUGUGUGUGCGUUUUUUUUUUGUUUUUUUUUUUGAGUUUUCACUAGGUUAGACCAUUCCUUAGUGUAGAUCAUUCCUUUUGUAAUCUUUGGCUGUUACUGAACCACUGUGUAACUACUUCAGUAAUUGAACACAUAAUGUGAAUACAAGGAGAUAAUAGUGUUUUCUUUGUUAUAAGAAUGAUUUUGUUUUAUAUACACAAUUAUUGUGUACUUUUUUUUUUAUACAUGCUCAUUUUUCUUGACUACUCAGACAAUAUAGUUUUGACUAACCUGUUGUGCAGUUUGGCUCUCUCUGCUAAAUGUCAAAUAGCUUUCAAAAUUUGUAGAGUAGUGCUUGCUAUUGCAACAUUUAUCGUAAUCUACUUUAAUUUCCAACUUGCUAAGAUCUACCUAAAAUUAAAGCAGCUAGUAAAAAUAAAUGCAUUUUUUUUCUUCAUUGCCUUCCUUUAAAGACAAUGUAAAGACCAGAUCACAGAACAACUGACUUGAUGAAACGACUGAUUUUUGCUCAUUUUCUCAGUAUUUUAUUUGAUUUACGCCAUCAUAAUAGAUACCUAAGCAUAUUAUUAUUGAAAUGUUGAUACUGAAAUAGCAACAAAUUCAAAAUGAAAGAUAAAUUUCCUUUUCGACAUGUGUAUAUAAAUAUAUUGAUCUGUGAGUAGCGUGAGCUUGUACUGACGUGAUACAUUUAAAUCCAUAUUUCUAGUGCACAAUUCAUUAUAUCACCGUACUUCAUUUGUAUAACAUAUGUAAAUGCUCUAUAAUCAUUAAGAAUAUUCAGGAUUUCUUAACUGCUAUUUGAUUGUUACAACAGCAUUCUAUCAACAUAUCAAAUCGUAAGGGAAAGUAACUUUACUACACUUCUAGUAAGUAAUAUUGACAUUCAGAAAUUCUAGAAAAUUCAAAUGAAACAUUUAUUUGUGAAAAAGAAUUCCACUUGAUAUCUACAAACUUUAUAGCUAAAAUGAAGACCAUCAACAAAGUUAUUCUAGGUUGAGAAUGCUGUUGAAAAUAACCAUAUGUAUGUAAAUAGUUAUUUUAAAAGAAGUAUAUUAUGGCUACAGAGUACAUUUGUGGUCAAUCUGCAUGAGUCAAGUAUUUGUUAGUAUCAGCUAUUGAUCAGAGCUUACCUGUACAUAUGUUUGUGUGUGUGACCUGCUCAUUGUAAGUAUCUAGUACCAGAGUAAAAGCCUUAACUAAGUACCAGUUAUAGGAAAUACACCUAUUUUGUUUCUAAACACAUCCCAAGUAGGUCAAUGAGAAUACAAAAUAUUGCAGUGAUUGUCAACAUUUCAAGUUAACUUGGGUGGAUAGUUAGUAAUGAGGAGCACAUAUUGUCAUAACCACUAAAUAUGAAGAGACAAUAUCAUUUUAUAAUUCUCAGAUAAUCUCUGUUAUGUUCCAAGUUGAACUUUUGUGGAGAGUAUUCAAUAGAAAUUUUGGGGAGAAAAAAAAUUCCAUUGUAAGAUAUUGGGGGGAAAAAUGUGGAUAUUCACACUAAGAAAGUAGAUUUUGAAUCUCCACAUUAAUCAAAGCUUUCGACAGUCUUCCUUUCAGUUUCAUCAGAUCAUCACUCUUAUUUUUCAUAUCCAUUAUCAGACAACACUAACGAUGUAAAUCAUUUAACUCUAGAACUUUAGAUUAGAUCCUAAUUAGUUAUGUUGACUGUGUUGUGUGUAGACACAAAUCCAACAGUUUGUCUUAGUCUAAGUAUUGCAUGCUUGUUUAGCAGUCUUCUGCUCUUCAAAGAAUGCAAAGAACCAAUUGAUAGCAUCAUUGUGAUUAAAGAUUUAACUGAA